AUGCUUCAGACUUUCUCGCGCCAAACCGUGGAGCAGCAUUUGAAAAUGGGGCAGCUAGAAUCAUCUCACAAGCUCUGGAAUAUAACACUGCUCCUUGCCACAGUCGUUUCUUACAUCCCGCAAUAUCGGGCCAUUCAGAAACCCGCGGCCGCUAGCAAUGUAUCACUCAUCUACAUUCUCUUCAAUACGCUCUCAGCCUUGGAGCAGUUCACAAUCCUCGCCGAACAUGCCAUGUUCCCGUCGGAACUGCUGACGGGGGUCAUGAACAACCCGCCAACUACGGGGGAUUGGUUGAAUAUUGCGCAGGUGACGGCCGUCCUCGUCAUGUCGCUGGCUCUAUUCAUCAAGUGCGUCCGGUGCCUUCCCUCAACCGAGCCAAAGGCCGCCUCGCUAGCGAUUCUCAUCCAAUUCGUGCUCAUCACGCUCGUGCCGCUGGCGACGCAGGCCUGCUUCCAAUGGGCCAACCCCAAGGCGCACGAGGGCAUGACGGCGACGAUUGUGUGCAUGUUCCUGACCAUGCACGGCUUCAUCGUGAACCCGCUCGUCAGCGCGGGCGUCGUGUGGUCGUACUUUUGGGCCCGGGCCGCGCAGCGACAGCGCCCGCCCCGUCCCGGCCUGAGCAGCCGCACGCUGUGGCUGCAGGCCCUCGUCUUUGCCCUCGUCGCCUUUUCGUGGGCCGGCCGCCUGACGGUCAAUAGCUCGGGCAUGAAGCCCGUUACCGCGUGGGUCUACUGGUACCAGACGGCGGGCUGGGCGACCAUGAACAAUCUCUUGUUCGCGUUUGUGCAGGGCGGGCUGUUCUACCAUGCCUUGAAAGAACGCAGGGCCUUGGGCGCCCAGCCUCCCGAAGACAAGAUCGGCCUUUUGACCGCUUAA